GGACAACGAGAUUGUAAACAAAUGAACCAGAAUGGCGUGCUCGUCUUUCUAGAUUUGUAAAAGAGCGAUAAGUUUUAGUUACGAGACGACUUUUAAGGAGUAGUAAUUAAAAGAAACUUCUGGCUUGCCGAAGCCGAAGUUUGCUGGCAACUGUGCGGCGAGAACCAUGUCGUCCAUGAGCCAGCGUCGUAGCAUGACGCACGGCCAGCAGCAGCGGAUGAUCAUGGAGCACCGGCGGCAGGAGGAGAGGCGCAUGGACCAGGCCAAGCUCAUCGCUCACGAGAGGCAAAUGCACGCCAGCCUCGUGCACGAGCAACGGGCCCAGGAGAGGAGGCACCUGCGCGCGCUCCAGGACGAGCAGUACGAGUUGGAGCUGGAGGGAUCUCUCCGUAAGGCGGAGGAGGAGCGCGUGCACAGGGAGCGACAGCUGGAGCAGGAGGAGCGGAUGGCCAAGGAGCUGGCACGCCUCAGCCACGAGGAGCAGCGAGAGGAGAAGAUGAGGCAGUACGUCAGGGAGAACAGUUUGGAGAUUCGUGAGCUGGAGUCCAAGUUGAAGUCUGCGUACCUGAACAGAGAGAGAGCAGCCCAGCUGGCCGAGAAGGAAGCACUCAGAUACGAGAAUAUGUGUAAGGAUGCGGAGGUGGCUAAGCAGAUGAAGACUGAGCAUGCUCGCGCCACAGUGGAGCAGCAGAAAGAAGAGGCACGCAAAGACGAAGAGGCCAAGAGGUAUAAGCAGGAUCUCCAGGAGCAGCUGGCGUCUCGUGAGCUCCAGAGGCAGCAGGCCUACGAGGACUUCCUCCAGGACAAGCUGAUGGUGGACCAGAUAGUACGCCGCAUAUACGAAGAGGACCAGAAGGAGCGUGAGAUGCGCUUGGCCAAGGUGUGUGCGUUGCGUAGCUACAUCGAGGAGUUCAAGGCGGGCCAGGAGGCGUGGCGUCGUCUGGAGCGAGAGAAGAUGGAGGAGGAGAACAGGAGAAUACUGGAGUACGCAGCACAGCAGCAGCACAAGCAGCAGCAGAGGAGAGAGGAGCAGAAGAACCUGGAGCAGGCCAAACAAGACAUGCACAAGAAGCUGUCGGAGCAGAUGGAGGCGGAGCGUCGUGAGCGUGAGGAGCUGGACCGCGUCAGAGAGGAGCUCUACAUGGAGGAACAGGAGGAGCAGCAACGCAAGAAGGAGAUCGCGGACAUGGAGAAGCGUAUUCGUGAUCGUCUGGAGCUGCAGGGUCACUACAGAGAGCAGAGAGCAGCUCAGGAGCAGAGAAGAGCAGCGGAGAGGGAGGAGGAGGAGGCAUUCAGGCAAGUGAUGUUGGCUAAGAUGGCCAAUGACGACCGCGUAGAGCAGAUGAACAACCAGAGGCGGCGCAUGAAGCAGCUUGAACACAAGAGGGCGGUAGAGGCCAUCCUGGAGGAACGCAGGAAACAACACCUGGCAGACAGGGCGCGUGCGGAGGAGGAGAGGGCGACGGACAAGGAGAGAGAGAACGUGAGACGCCAGAUCAUUGAAGAGGAGAGACAGAAACUACUCAAGCAGCACGCCACCAAGCUACUGGGAUACCUACCCAAGGGCAUCUUCCGCGAGGACGACAUGCAGCACUUUGACGAGGAGUUCCAGAGUAACUUCCAGAAGCGCCAGGCGGACCUCUUCUCCGAGGAGGGCUGGGGGGAGCAGGACCAGUAGCAGCCCACCACCAGCAGAGGGAGCCAGCGCACACACACUUACCACAAAACAACACCAGAUGGCGCCCCUCUGCCAAAAUCAUUGACUGCGUUUUUUUAUUUUAUUUUUCUCUCAGCUUUUUUUUUUAUCCUGAGCACUGUAUUUUUUCACUGCAUUCGGUUUAGUACAGUUCAUGUUUUUAUCAUGUGAACAUGUGUGCAUGGUUGCUCUUUUUUAAUUAUAGUUUGAUGACUAAUAUAAUACUUGGAGUGUUAAAAAAAAACCUUUUUCAAAUCCCAAAUCUACCUACAGUAUCCUCAAGCAGUAUAUCAUUUUAAUAAAGAGUAUUUGAAGCUACCUAAACA